AUACAAAUUUCAGAUCAAAAUUACCAGAAGUACCAUACACAAUGUCAAUAACCAAUCCUCAGUCUUUACUUACAUUAAGUACUCAAAGAUGUCCUACACUAUGGGAAAGUGUAGCAGAUUGGGAUUUUCAUUUUAUCAAUGAAAUGCCCAGUUCGUCAUGCGAGGAUGCACAUAAAACACUGACGAGUGAACUUGAAAUACUUCUUAAGUACUUUACUAAGGAUAGUUCUGAAUGGUUUAAAGCGAAAUCUAUCAGGAAACAAUUAAAGGUCUUGGGUAGCAUGUUAUGGUCUGGAUCUAUAGGUCUCACUAUGCCAUUGGGUAGCAUGUUAUGGUCUGGACUUAAAGGUCUCACUAUGCCAUGUGUGACUACGCAAUCACUAAAAAGGACAAAAAAUAUUGUGGUCUCGUCAAUUUGGAAGGAGCAUCAAGAAGGAUUAUUGAAAGCUACUGUCGAAAAUAAGAUCAAUGAAAAUAUUAAUAAGGAUUACUUGCGUAAAAUCGAAAAUAUAGCAAGGAAUGCUACAAGUGUGACAGCAGAAGCUUAUUACGUAACGAGUGAUUAUGAGAUCCCCAAACGUUCCCGAACAGAUCAUAAAAACUUGCGUGAACAUGAUAUAGACGAAGAGGAUAAUGAAUUUAAUGCAGAUUUAACUAUUGUCAGUGGAAAGAAUAUCUGGGAAAAGUUGAUCAAAUAUCAGCUUGAUGUAAAUCUAUUUAAAACCCAUCCAGAAUACUACGACAUUAUUUUCUUCAAUUUAAAUGACGAAGACGGUUUCCUAGGAACGUUAAACACAAGUAUUAUUGCGCAGAUACGUGAAGAAAUAAGGAGGCCAGAAAAAACUAAAGAAAAGCUUAAUUGUCGAAACGCUGAAAAAAUUGAUUCAUUUGAAAAAAGGAUGAAAUUAAUGGAUGACAAAAAAGAUUGGCUUGUCUCAUAUGGAGAAACUUGCCUCAAGGCAUAUGCGAAAGACGUUAAUUCCAAUAAGAAAGAUGAUGAACGCCGAUCUCCAGGAAAAAGGAUUGAUACAAUUAUUAGUAUGAGAGAAGAAAAUAAAGAGAUCUCAGUAACUGAAGUCAGUGGACCUCCAAUGAAAAAUGAUUGGGCGCACUUCAAGAGUGAUUGUAUGAAGAUAAUGAAGAUGUUAAAAACUCUAAUAAAUCAAUAUGCCGAACUCAAUCUAAGCUCAGAUAUAACAUUAAUCAAAUUAUAUGGGUUACAAGUCUAUUUAAAUGAGUUGACCAUUUACGAAUUCCAAUUAAAAUAUACAGAGAUUUACACUGCAGAGGCGAUAUUAACAUUUCCCCUACCUAAAACAUGGGCAGAUAUGGCGAAGGCUGAUAAUGCUGUAAUUAGCUUGUUGCAUUAUGAGCACCUUUUAUCUGAAAGCUCAAGAUCUGUACGAGAUUUUUUAUGGGUCAAUGAUUAUAAGGUUGAAGCUAUUAAGAUGACAACACGAAUGAUACACUCUCCUGAAAGCAUUGAGAAAGUUAAAAAUACUAAAAAUACCAGCAAAACGAAGAAACGAAUAAAGCACGAGUCAAUUGAGAUCGAAUGGUAG